AUGAAGUCCUCAUUUCUUGGAAACCUCCUCGUCGCUCUCCUAGCAACAACAGCAACGCAGUCUCUAGCACUGCCGAUAGACGAUGGCCAAGCAGCAAACGCCACCUCUGCGGCGGCGGACCUGCUCGGCGUCUCACCGCUGCCCCGGCUGGCCAUCUACUUCCAGACGACGCACUCGUCGGCGACGGGGCGGCCCAUCUCGAUGCUGCCGCUGGUGACGGAAAAGGGCAUCGCGCUGACGCACCUGUACGUGUGCACGCUGCACGUCAACUACGACGGCGAGAUCCACCUCAACGACUUCCCGCCGGGGCACGCGCGCUUCGCGACGCUCUGGCGCGAGGCCGCGGUGCUGCGGGGCUCGGGCGUGCGCGUCAUGGCCAUGGUGGGCGGCGCGGCCGAGGGCUCCUUUUCGCGGCGCACGCUGGACGCGCCCGACGGCGACCCCGAUUUCGAAAAGUACUACGGCCAGCUGCGCGACGUGCUGCGCGACUUUGGCCUGCAGGGGCUCGACGUCGACGUCGAGCAGCCCAUGUCGCUGCGCGGCGCCGUGCGGCUCGUCCGCCGCCUGCGCGAGGACUUUGGGCCCGACUUUGUCCUCACGCAGGCCCCCGUCGGCACGGCGCUGAGCCGCGGCGGCGCGCCGAACCUCUCGGGCUUCUCGUACCGGGACCUGGACCAGGCGGUGGGCGGGAGCAUCGAGUUCUACAAUGCGCAGUUCUACAACGGGUUCGGGGACAUGUCGACGACGGCGGCGUACGACUCGGUGGUGGCGGCCGGGUGGGAUCCGCGGCGGAUCGUGGCGGGGCAGAUCACGACGCCCGACAACGGGCAGCAGUUUGUGCCGUUCGACCAGCUCAGGCGCACCAUGGACGAGCUGCGGGCCAGGUACGGCGAGAUCGGCGGCAUCAUGGGCUGGGAGUACUUCAACGGCAAGCCCGGCGGCGAGUCGGAGCCCUGGGAGUGGGCGCAGGAGAUCACCGCCAUACUCAGGCCCGACGUGCCCACCGUGCUGACGGUCAGCCAGGCGGACGCCGACGAGCUGGACGAGGCGUGGGCGGUCAGCGUGGCGGCCCAGCCCGUCAUGGCGCUGGGGACCGCGGGUGUCGAUCCCGAGACGCCGGAUGUGGACUAUCAGGCCAUGGUUAAUGCGUGA